CUAAGAUCCAGUCAUGGCACAAAACAAAAGCGGCUACACUCGCUUUGAAAACCCUCCUCAGUACAGCGAGGUGAAUCAGCAGAUGCCGCCAGGCUUCAUGAUGCCGCCACCGCCGCCUUAUGAUGCUGCCGUUCCUCAUGGAGGAUCGAAUCCUGGUGUUCCCGUCAUUGUACCCGUCGCACCCCCGUAUGCUCCACCGACCGCUUUUGGGAAUCCCAUGUACAGACAGGAAGGCUCUGGAUAUCCACAGCAUCCAUAUCCUACAGCAGCUCCUUACAUUGCAGAUCCUUACAGAGGCGGACCGGACAAAAAGCCGCUUCCAUACGUGGCGAUGGGUAAGCCGGGACACAGCGAUCUUCUUCCAGAAUAUGAGAAGAAGCAGUUCGCCAGCUCAGGACUCGAUAAUAAAGCCGUCAGAAGACUGUUCAUUCGGAAGGUUUUUUCGGUUUUGAGUCUUCAGUUGGCCGUCACCUGCGGCUUCGUGGCCGUCUUCACUUUCGAGCCUCAUGUCAAGCUGUUCGUGAUGCAGAACGCCUGGACGUACUUGGCCGGCUAUGUAGUCUUCCUCGUGCCCUACCUAGUGAUCCUGUGCUGCGGAGAGUUUCGCAGGAAGCAUCCGUGGAACCUCAUUGCUCUGAGUAUCCUGACGCUGGCGAUGUCCUACAUGGUGGGCGUGAUCUCCAGCUUCUACGACACUGAUAUCGUGAUGAUGGCCGUCGGCAUCACUGUGCUGGUCUGCUUCACGGUCAUCGUCUUCUCUCUGCAGACCAAAUAUGACUUCACUUCCUGUUACGGCGUGCUGUUCGUCUGCUUCAUCGUCCUGCUGUUCUUCGGGAUCCUGUGCAUCUUCCUGUACCACAGGAUUCUGGACCUCAUCUAUGCAUCUCUGGGAGCGCUGAUCUUCACCUGCUUCUUGGCCGUGGACACACAGCUGCUUCUCGGGAACAAGAAUCUGUCUGUGAGUCCCGAGGAACACGUCUUCGCCGUGCUCAACCUGUAUCUGGACAUCAUUCAAAUCUUCUCAUACAUUUUGCGCAUCUUUGGAAGAAGCCGUGGCUAAAAGUCCACCAGUGAAGAAAGAAACCCAUGCGAU